CUUGUGGGGAGCGUGGUUGUGCUAGGCACGUCGGUCUUGGCCGUGUAUGCCACCAGCCAGGGGCUGCUGAGUGCCGGUCGCGUCGGCCUGGCUCUGACCUACGUGACGCAGCUGCCAGGAAUGUUGGGCUGGUUUCUUAAAGAGGUGGCUCAGACAGAGAUUGAGCUUGUUGCUGUUGAGCGGGCGUGGCAAUACUUGGACGAGCCCACCGAAAAUGAUGAGACGCAUCUUUGCCCUACCCUAUUGUACUCAACUUCUUUUUUUGACACGUCAACGAUGCAGUUUCGAGAGGUUGUUUUGCGUUAUAGCUCUGUUCUUCCACCUGUUUUGAAGGGUAUCAGCGUGGUUGUCCCACCUGGCAAAAAGGUUCUGUGUGUUGGACGAACAGGGGCAGGCAAAUCAUCGCUAUUCUCGACCCUUUUGCGCUUUCACCCUUUUGAGGGUCAUAUUCGCGUGGGCGAUCUCGACAUUUGCGAUCUGAUGCUGGUGCAGCUACGGCACUUGGUGCAUCUGAUUCCUCAACGCCCCAUGUUGUUUGGAAAAACUGUUCGUGAAAUUUUGAUGGGCCCAGCUGAUGCCACACUGACUAGUGGCGUUCCUCAAGGUGAUUUUCGAACAUGCACGUUUCCACAUGUCAGCCGCAUGCAAGGCAGUCGAACUGCCACGGGUGAGCUCUUCAGUGCUGGCGAGCAACAGCUUCUUUGCUUGGCGCGUGCCUUGUACAACCCGGCGCCUGUCUUACUAUGUGAUGAAAUCACGUCUACCCUCGACGAAUCAUCGGAUCGUCUGGUGCAUGACAUCUUGUUUGGGAUGGAAAGCACUGUGCUCAGCAUUGCACACAAUUUGCACAAUGCCAUGCGCUACGACUUGGUGAUGGUGCUGGAGGACGGACGAGUGGCAGAGUUUGAUGCACCGGCUGCGCUGGUGCAGCGGCCGUCGUCACGCUUUGCAAGUCUAUUGUCGGCUGCAGGUCGCCAUACUUGA